UGGCCGACGUCAAGUGGCUGCGACACUUCCCGUGACGUCACGUGAACGCCAACAACAGCAAACAACUUCCGCGACCGGUAACUUCGACUCCUGACCCCGACAGUGAAGCACCAUGAAUGCCAUAUUUGGAAAGAGGAAGACCCCAGAGGAGAUGCUGCGGCAGAACCAGCGGGCCCUCACCCGGGCCAUGAGGGAGAUGGACCGUGAACGCAUGAAGCUGGAGCAGCAGGAGAAGAAAAUCAUCGGUGACAUCAAGAAAAUGGCAAAGCAGGGACAGAUGGAUGCGGUGAAAAUAAUGGCAAAAGACUUGGUGCGAACUCGCCGUUAUGUGAAGAAGUUCAUCAUGAUGAAGGCCAACAUCCAAGCUGUGUCACUGAAGAUCCAGACUCUGAAGUCCAACAACACCAUGGCCCAGGCCAUGAAGGGAGUGACAAAGGCCAUGGCCACUAUGAAUCGCCAGCUGAAGUUACCCCAAAUUCAGAAAAUCAUGAUGGAGUUUGAGAAGCAGUCGGAGAUCAUGGACAUGAAGGAGGAGAUGAUGAACGAUGCCAUUGACGACGCCAUGGGCGAUGAAGAUGAUGAGGAAGAGAGCGAUGCGAUUGUCUCUCAAGUUCUGGAUGAACUUGGACUGAACCUGACCGACGAGCUGUCCAGUGAGUAUUGCCAACGAUCGACACAGAAACAGGUGUACGUGGAGUGUAUACAUCGUAGAUACAGGUGUACGUGGAGUGUCAGUGCAGAUACGGGCGUGAGCAGAUUUCCGUCACUCGUUGCUGUUGUACUGCCGGGCGAUUUCUCAAACCCAUGAGCUGACCGGCAGUCA